GAGGCGCUAGGCCUCAACCUUCCCACCUCUCCACCCCGGUAGUUUUGGGAGGUGAUCAGCGACGAACACGGCAUCGACCCCACCGGCACGUACCACGGGGACAGCGACCUGCAGCUGGAGAGGAUCAAUGUCUACUACAACGAGGCCACCGGAGGGAAUUACGUCCCCCGCGCCGUGCUGGUGGACCUGGAGCCCGGCACCAUGGACUCCGUCCGCUCCGGCCCCUUCGGCCAGAUCUUCCGACCUGACAACUUCGUGUUUGGCCAGUCGGGAGCCGGCAACAACUGGGCGAAGGGUCACUACACAGAGGGCGCGGAGCUGGUGGACGCCGUCCUGGACGUGGUGCGCAAGGAGGCAGAGAGCUGCGACUGCCUGCAGGGCUUCCAGCUCACGCACUCGCUGGGCGGUGGCACGGGCUCGGGCAUGGGCACCCUGCUCAUCAGCAAGAUCCGCGAGGAGUUCCCCGACCGCAUCAUGAACACCUUCAGCGUGGUGCCCUCGCCCAAGGUGUCCGACACCGUGGUGGAGCCCUACAACGCCACGCUGUCCGUGCACCAGCUGGUGGAGAACACGGACGAGACCUACUGCAUCGACAACGAGGCCCUGUACGACAUCUGCUUCCGCACCCUCAAGCUGACCACGCCCACCUACGGCGACCUCAACCACCUGGUGUCGGCCACCAUGAGCGGCGUGACCACCUGCCUGCGCUUCCCGGGCCAGCUCAACGCAGACCUGCGCAAGCUGGCCGUGAACAUGGUGCCCUUCCCGCGCCUGCACUUCUUCAUGCCGGGCUUUGCGCCGCUCACCAGCCGGGGCAGCCAGCAGUACCGCGCCCUCACCGUGCCCGAGCUCACCCAGCAGAUGUUCGACGCCAAGAACAUGAUGGCCGCGUGCGACCCGCGCCACGGCCGCUACCUGACGGUGGCCGCCGUCUUCCGGGGCCGCAUGUCCAUGAAGGAGGUGGACGAGCAGAUGCUCAGCGUGCAGAGCAAGAACAGCAGCUACUUCGUGGAGUGGAUCCCCAACAACGUGAAGACGGCCGUGUGCGACAUCCCGCCCCGCGGCCUGAAGAUGGCGGCCACCUUCAUCGGCAACAGCACGGCCAUCCAGGAGCUGUUCAAGCGCAUCUCCGAGCAGUUCACCGCCAUGUUCCGGCGCAAGGCCUUCCUGCACUGGUACACGGGCGAGGGCAUGGACGAGAUGGAGUUCACCGAGGCCGAGAGCAACAUGAACGACCUGGUGUCCGAGUACCAGCAGUACCAGGACGCCACGGCGGAGGAGGGCGAAUUCGAGGAGGAAGCCGAGGAGGAGGUGGCCUAGGACCCCCGCUCGCUUCUUGUCCGCCCCACAGCUUGGCUUUGACCCCUGGGCGCCCUCCCUGCAGAGCACCCCAACCCCAGCAGCACCCAAAUCGCUGAGUUCCCUAACCCACAUUUGACCCCUGAACCCCGCUUUUAUCUCUGAGCCCCCUGGAAUUCUUCCAACUUUGGCAUCCCUGUGAUCCCUGCUACAUGCCUCUGAAAACCCCACCUUCAACUUUAUCAGCCCUCUUUCUCCCCGACCCCUUCACCUUUGAUUGGCCCCCGAAACUCCAUUACACGCCUAGACCCUCAAGACCUGGAUGACUUUCGGCCCUUGUCCCAGAGCUGCCUUUGCCUCUUUGACCCCAUGAGCCCCAGCUCCCCUCUGACCCCCAGCUGCUUCCUGCUUCUUCCCUGACCUCAUUCUCCUGUCCCCUCAGCUCCUCCCACCUUGGCUGACUUAGGGGAGAUCAAAGGCCUGCAGCCCUGAGAAAGAGGGGUCCUCACCAUGAGCCCCACCAUCCUCUCCCCCGCCUCGCCCUCCAUAAAUAAAGGAAUUGUUUCCCUGG